UUUCUCAAUAAAAUAUAUCUCUGAGAUUAUUCUGAAAUUAAUAUGAUGGCUCCAUAUGAACAUACAGUCGUGUAUUACAAAACAAAACUCCCUCCUCUUUUUUCUGCACCACAAACCAAACGCAGAUGACUAACAGCUUUGCAUCGCUGUGUUCCCACUCUGAUAACUUUAAUACUAUCACGUCACAGUUUAAUACUUUUGCAAUACACUAUGUAAAAAUGUCAAAAAGAGAAAAAAAAAUUGAUUAUUGGUGUGAAGAGAUAAAGGUAAUGACUUUGGAUGGAAUCAAUAUUUUCCUUGUAAAAAUGUGACAUGUUUUCAGCUCAUAAUACACUUCAGUAUCACUUAAUCACUGAACUAGGAAGGAAGACACAUCUGCACAUCAGAGCUGCAUGCUGAACAACAGUCCACUCUGUCUUCUUCAGCCUUCACCUUGUUAAAAGACUGCUGUUGAUUUUGACUGAAACAGAAGGACUACAGCAGUCAUGCUGCUGGCAGAGGCUGAAUGUGUGUUUAUGAGUUUCAUCCUGUACAUCUCAGGGGUUCAGGGACGAGCAAACAGCAUCUGUGCCUUAAAAGGCUCAUCAGUGGAUUUGCCCUGCUCAGCUGAACAGCCCACUUCAAGCAUGAAAUGGUACACCAUUUACAGAAAUUACUCCACGCAUGUCCUGAAUGAGCUAUCUGCAGAUAGAACUCAUGCAACGUACAACAUGUCUGAAGAGAGUAACUUCACUCUGACAAUCAAAGAUGUGAGUGAGAGUGAUGAAAAGUUUUACUGCUGCAGAGAGACUAAUGACAACCUAGAACUCUGCUGGGACAACAGAACUGAGCUCCAUGUUGCAGACCUGCAGGUACAGGUGAUUCCCACCACAGAGGGACAGACAGUAACACUGAUGUGUAGCACCAGCUGUCCUCUGACUGAAAACCCUGCAGCCUACAUCUGGUACAAGAACAGAGAGUUUCUCUAUGAGGACUGGUCUCCCUGGUACCAACAGCUGGUCAGCAGUGACGAAGCAGUCAGAUACUCCUGUGCUAUCAAAGGCUACGAGGAUCUCAGAGCCCCUGAAGUCUCAGUGGAUUCUGUCACACCGACCUGCUUUAAAGUGACCUACGCUAAAGGGAGAAUGUGUUCUUAUCGGCAGACAUCAGUGGAUGAGGCCUGCUCCAUCACAUAUCCAACAGAAGUACAGGUUCAAUGGACUCCUGUGAAGGACUAUGUCACACUGACCUGUACCACCAGCUGUCCUACUGCUGACGCUCAUCAUGCCUAUAGGUGGUACUGGGACAGACAUUUAUACAGUCACUGUAAGAGUCAAGACAUUAUAUUUUUCGGCUCUCCUUCUGGAAUCUUUUCCUGUGCUGUAAAAGGCCUCGAAAAUCUGCACUCUGAUGAAAAAUGUUUUGGUGUGAAGUGCUGGAGUGUGAAUUAUGUCAGCAGGAGAAUCUGUGCUCUGGAAGGUUCUUCAGUCAACAUUUCAAGUGAAUACUUCAAGCCCAGCAACUUGUAUCUGUUUAAAUUAUGGAAUAAAGUAAAGAGACGUGAUGAUGAGGAUGCUGAAACUUUGACCGAGGAUGGUCGUGUGGAGUUUUAUGACAACAUGAAAAACCACCACAUGCUGAGAAUCGAUAACCUGAUGAAGAAUGACUCAGCAGAAUACACAUUCAGAUUACGGACAUAUGACGACGGAUGGAAACAGUCUGACUUACCUGGAGUGACUUUGGUUGUCACAGGCCUGAAUGUGAAGUUUACUCCUUCUGCAGUGGUGACAGAGGGCCAGAGAGUCACACUGACCUGCAGUACCAGCUGUCCUCUGACUGACAACACAAUCUACAUUUGGUACUUGAACAGUCGACCUCUGACCCGGCCAGAGAACCAAAACAAACACCUGGUUCUAGACCCAGUCAGCACUCAGCAUGCAGGAAACUACUCCUGUGCUGUCAAAACUCCCCAAAACAUUAGCUCACCCGAAGAGACUCUCACUGUCAAAGCUCGAGGGAAAUCAGUAACGAUAUUGAAUGCAGUAAAACUGACUGUUUUAUUACUGAUCCUGUCUGCUGCAGUUCUCCUCUACCUGACGAUGAGAUCUAGGAAGAGAAAAACUCAGACUGCCACUGCUGAGUUAAGUGACAAAGUACAAAGUGGACGGGUGAGUACAAAACCUUUGUUUGUGUGUGUGUGUGUGUGUGCCCGUGUGUGUGUUCCCUCUGUCACCUGUUUUCUCUGCCCUUCAGAUGGACUCGUUGUAUGAGAGCAUUGCACUCGUGGCCAUGGAUCCUGCAGCCCAGACAGAACCUAAAGAAUAGCAGAAAGACACUGUGUAAUAUCAUCUUGGAUUUUAGACAUCUGUGCAGGGCGCUUUGCAGAGUGCAGAUAAAAUGUAUCUUGUAAAAGUGUCUUUUAUGCUCAUUUAGAUUCAAGUUGGCAAGACAUGAUUUGAGCACUGAGUAUGUGGUGCAGCCAAACCUGGACACAAACAGUGACCUGUCCAUGAUCGUUUGUGAUAUCUAUUUCCUGCCUUAGCAACCACUGGGGGAUGGAUGCAAGGCUCUUAUCUACAGUUGAUUCACACAUCCGCUCACGAAGGCCUAAUGCUGAUGUUGGUUCAAGUUUGUCAGAUGCUCUUGAUAGCAAGUAUUGAAUUGUUGCAUACUGCUGCCACCAUUUGAAAACAAAUCUACUCAGUUUUGCAUUAUAACAGUUUUCAUUUUUCUUGUUAUUACAUAUUUUAUAUGUUUUAAUGACAUAUUUAUCUCAUUAUUGCUUAUUCUUGUUUGCUUUGUCUUAUUUGUCUGGCAAUAAUGUCUGAUAUAAUUACAGUUGACUGAAUAUCGUAUUUCUUAUAUACUGAGGAUAACUUUGUACAAGCCUCUUUGCUUCCUUCCUCCCCUGCACGUAUCAAUUUAUUUUUGUUUUAUUUUUGUUUACCAUGAUGUUUUAAAUGUGCAAAAAGUAAA